AUGAAGAAAGAUUUUUAUUUUGAUCAAAGGUUCACCGUAUAUGUAAGCGUGUUUGCAAUAUCUUUUAUUGCAACAGCUCUUGCACUAUAUACGGCAGCUUAUAACAGGUUAAUCAACAGUCCAACGACUACUCCUGAAGCAAUUGCCAUAGCAACAUUUCUCUUAAUCGUUUUUGUAACAGUUUACUCAAUUUAUUUGAUAUAUUUCGUUAUUUAUUUGGCUGCUGGUACUCUCCUGAUCAGAUCUGUCAAGAGAAGGACGUACGCGAAUAUGAUGUUAUACAUGGUCAUACUUGUUAUUGGAAUAAUUGUUUCAUUUCUUCAAUUAUUUUCUUAUUCUAUUCCUGGAGUUGUUGUCGCAUUACUGACUUUGGCUCUGAAUAUUUACCUCUUGAUCUGCAUUUAUUCUCUUUAUGAUUUGUUCAGAAAUGAAGAGCUGAAUCGUGUACAAAGACAACAAGAACAAUCCCAACAACCUUCUUCCUUUAAUCAACCUACAGUUGUUUAUCUUCAAAAUGAGGAAUCAAAUCAACAAGUAUCAUUUCAAAAUUCACCAACAGCACCUCAACUAUCACCACCAGUAGUUAAUAAGAAAUAUUGA